AUGAAAAACCAUACAUCAUUAACUACAUUAAUACUUCUGGGACUGACAGAUAAUCCUCAAAUGCAGGUUCUGAUUUUUAUAUUUCUGCUUGUCACCUAUACCUUGAGUAUAACUGGGAAUCUGAUUAUCAUUACACUCACUUUUGUGGAUUCAAACCUUAAAACCGCUAUGUACUUUUUCCUCAAAAAUUUCUCUUUCUUAGAAACUUUAUUCACCACAGUCUGUAUUCCCAGAUUCCUAUAUAGCUUGUCCACUGGAGACAAGACCAUUACUUACAAUGUUUGUGCUUGUCAACUAUUUUUUGUAAUAUUACUUGGAGCAACAGAAAUUUUUCUCCUGGCCAUCAUUUCCUAUGACCGCUAUGUGGCCAUCUGCAAACCCUUGCAUUAUGUAACCAUCAUGAAUAACAGAGGAUGGCUUGUUAUUGGCUGUUGGAUAGCAGGUUUGUUGGUCAUACUCCCUCCCCUUAGCCUGGGAUUAAAGUUGGAAUUCUGUGACUGUAACAUCAUGGAUCAUUUUCUCUGUGAUGUUUCUCCUAUACUAAAGAUCUCUUGCUCAGACACACUCUUCAUAGAACAGAUGGCUAUAGGCCAUGCUGUGCUGACCCUCGUCUUGACACUUCUGUGCAUAGCUUUGUCCUACAUAUAUAUCAUUAAGACCAUCAUGAAGUUUCCUUCUGUCCAGCAAAGAAUGAAGGCCUUUUCUACCUGCUCUUCCCACAUGAUUGUUGUUUCCAUGACAUACGGUGGUUGUAUUUUCAUUUAUAUCAAACCUUCAGCAAAGGAUGAGGUAGCAAUUAAUAAAGGUGUGUCGAUGCUUACUACUUCAGUUGCACCAAUGUUAAAUCCAUUUAUUUAUACCCUUAGGAACAAGCAAGUGAAACAAGCUUUUCUAGACUUAAUCAAAAGAAUGCAUUCAAAUUAUCACAAUAAAUAA